UGGAACAUCUCCCUCGCUAGUGCUGAGAAAGUAGUUAUGAUAUGAGAAAGUGCCAGGUGAACACUAAGACUUGAAAAAAUAGACCUCUCUUUUUCUUCAAGCAGAGCACCCCAGGAAUAUUUUAAAACAAAACAUCACAUCUCCUUACCACCCUCAGAGGGAAGAACACAAUGGCCUCCUCAUCCACCAGUAUCCUUGAAAGUAUUUUCCUGAAGAGAUCCCAGCAAAAACGCAAAACAUCUCCUCUCAACUACAAGAAGAGGUUGUUUGUGCUAACAGAAGCUAAGAUUACAUACUAUGAGUAUGACUUCGAAAGAGGGCGCCGGGGAAGUAAGAAGGGGUCUGUAGACCUGGAUAAGGUGGUAUGUGUUGAAAGUGUUGAGCCGGAGGAAAACCCACCACCAGAAAGACAGAUACCGAACCGAGAAGAAUCUGCAGAUACAGAGCAAAUCUCUAUUAUAGAAAGAUUUCCAUAUCCAUUCCAGAUAGUGUAUGAUGAUGGGCCUCUUUACGUGUUCUCUCCCACAGAGGAUCUGCGGAAGCGUUGGAUUCAUCAGCUGAAACAUAUUAUUAGGUUUAACACUGACAUGGCCCAGAAGUACCAUCCUCGCUUUCAUCAAGACGGCCAGUAUCUUUGCUGUGCUCAAACUGCCAAGAAUGCCAUGGGAUGCCAACUGCUCCAGGGCCCCAAUGGUAUACGGCUAAAUGAACGAUCCCAGCGCAGAUCCAGAAAACCACUUCCACCAGCACCUACUGAUUUGCAGGCUAAAGUUUGCAAGCCAUUACCUCAAGCUCCUACCACUCCUGCACCUCCAUCAGGACCCCUGAAAGUGGUAGCAAUGUAUGACUUCAUUCCACUGAAUGCCCAGGAUCUUCCACUUCACAAGGGUGAUGAGUAUCUACUGUUGGAAGAGAGCAAUGGACAACCAUGGCUGCGAGCAAGAGACAGGAAUGGCCAAGAGGGUUAUAUACCUGGUAACUAUGUCACAGAAGCCCAGGAUCCACUGGAAAUAUAUGAGUGGUAUUCCAAAAAUAUGACAAGAAGUCAGGCGGAGCAACUUCUGAAAACAGAGGCUAAAGAUGGAGGCUUCAUAGUAAGAGAUUCCAGUAAGGCCGGAAAAUAUACAGUGUCUGUGUUUGCCAAAUCAUCAGGGGAUGGGAUUAUCCGUCAUUACGUAGUGUGUCAGACCCCUGGGAAUCAAUAUUACUUGGCAGAAAAACAUCACCAUUCCUCUAUCCCUGAUCUGAUCACCUAUCACCAGCACAAUGCCGCAGGACUGAUAUCAAGGCUGAAAUACCCCGUGUGUUCAGUGAAAAGAAGUGCACCCUCUGUUGCAGGGCUUGGAUAUGGAUCAUGGGAGAUUGACCCCAAGGAUCUGACUUUCUUGAAGGAGCUAGGGGAUGGGCAAUUUGGUGUGGUUAAGUAUGGGAAAUGGAGAGGCCAACAUGAAGUGGCUAUAAAGAUGAUCAAGGAAGGUUCCAUGUCUGAAGAUGAAUUCAUUGAAGAGGCAAAAUGCAUGAUGAAACUGUCUCAUCCGAACCUUGUUCAGUUGUAUGGUGUUUGCACUAAACAGCGGCCAAUUUUUAUCAUUACCGAAUAUUUGUCAAAUGGCAGUCUCCUUUCAUACUUGAAGGAGUUGCGUGGAAAGGUAGCCCAAGGAGACUUGCUUUCAAUGUGUAAUGAUGUAUGUGCAGCAAUGAUGUAUCUUGAAUCAAAGCAGUUUUUGCACCGUGAUCUGGCUGCCAGGAACUGCUUAGUAGCUGAAGAUGGGACAGUAAAGGUUUCAGAUUUUGGGCUUUCAAGAUAUGUCUUAGAUGAUGAGUACACCAGCUCUUUGGGUUCCAAAUUUCCUGUUCGUUGGUCACCACCUGAAGUUCUGCUUUACAGCAAAUUCAGCAGUAAAUCUGAUGUGUGGGCAUUUGGUAUCCUGAUGUGGGAAGUGUUCACAUUUGGAAAAAUGCCAUACGAAAGAUACAGUAACAGCGAGAUUGUGGAUCAGAUAAUGAAAGGCGUUCGUCUAUACAGACCUCAACUAGCAACCGAAAGAGUAUACAGUGUCAUGUCCAGCUGCUGGGCAGAGAAAGCUGAUGACAGACCCGCCUUCCGAGUUCUACAUUCUGCCAUAAUAGAAGUUAUGGAGGAUUUGUGAAAAACAAGUAAAAUAAAUUGCAUUUGUAUAUUUAUGUUGUAAUUAAUGGUGGACAGUGCUAGAUUUAAGGGUUUUUCAAGUUAAGUUGUGGUACAUGAACAAAAAUCUGAAAUUUUAGACGUGUUUUUAAAUAAAGAUGAAAACUGUCUCUCUAAUGAAUUAAAAUAAAGGUAAUUAAGAAAAUAUUUUCUGUAUGAAUUCUUGCUUUUAACAUAACUACUUCCUUGGUGACUAUAACUGCAUAUUGGUUUUA